AUGGAGGACGUGCUGUUUGAUUUAGAGCAAGAUGGUGCCACAGAUUUUGCCUUUUGGGGUCAGAUGGACCAGAACAUUCAGUUCCAAACUCAGCUGGACACGUUCCUGCUGGACUGCACAGCAGCCAGCGACCAGCUGUCCCCCUGGUCCUCCCUGGGCUGUCAGUCCAUGUUCCCGGAGGCCCAGCUCACCUUCACGGACCUCGACGUGCAGUCCCCCGGCGCGGGAGUCUGUGUAGACACGGACGGUUUCUCCGUGGACGACUCCGUGGACGUGGCCAAGCGCCAAAGGGCGCGCAGGCUGGUGUCCCAUCAGCCCUACAAGGUGCAGAGGCACGCCGCCAACAUCCGGGAGAGAAAAAGGAUGCUGAGCAUCAAUUCCGCCUUUGAGGAGCUCCGCUGUCACGUCCCGACCUUUCCCUACGAGAAGCGCCUGUCCAAGAUAGACACCCUGAGGCUGGCCAUCGCUUACAUCGCCCUCCUCAGGGAGAUCCUCAUGUCGGGAUGCGACCCCAAAUCCUACGUGGAUGAAUGCAUGAAGAACGGAUACAAGAACCAAACCAACGCUAUUUGGAACACCAGCGAUCUGACAGCCCGUCUCUCGUGGAUAAAGUGGGAUUAGUUCAGGAGCUUGGGGUACCCCGAAUGGGGUUGAUCUGUCUCCAUGUCAAAGGCAGGCGGCCCGCUGACAUGAUGGACAUCUGCAGACUUCUCACUGGGUUGCACACCUCAGGCUCUCUCAAGCCCCAAGCACUCCUUUCGCCUCCGUGUCUUUGAAUAUUCUAAUUUAUUGUUGACUGGUCAUUGACAGCUGUUGCCAGUGGGGCAGGGGAGGGAAGAGCGUAGGCAUUGUUUCCCCAAAUGGAUGGCACUUGUCACCUUGGAGAGAGGGGCGCACUGGCAUGAGGCUGAAUGACUUCCAGGGCUGCUGCAUCCAGCGUUCAAGUGUUUUCCGCCCUCUCAUUCACGAGUCUUCAUGUCCAUGUGUGAGAAAGAGCCUUGAUCAUGUAAAUGAGAUGAUG